AAAAAAAGGGAAAAAGGUCGAGAAGAACAGAGCAAAGCCAGACACGCCAAUCACCCGUCCUACUCCUACCUCCAGCCACAGAGACGAGCUCUACCAUUCCACCCACACCGAAUCUUCCCCGGACGAUUCCACCCAAGAACCGCGCGCAACAACAAUUCACACCGCGCUUCUCUUCUCCAGCGAUGCAGGCGGCGGCGGCGGCCGUGGCGUGGGCGCCGGGCCCGUCGGCGUCCACCUCCUCAUCGUCCUCGCCCUCCGCCUUCAGGGUGGGGGUUCCGUCGACGGCCGUGCCGGCUUCUUCCGCGCCUAGGCUUGUUGCCGCCUCCGCGCCCCUGGGUCGUCGACGGCGGCGGCAAGUGGUUCAAGCUGUUGCCAAUCCAGACCCUGCAAUCAAGCUGCCAUUGACUGCUGAAAAUGUUGAGAUGGUGUUGGAUGAAGUAAGGCCGUAUCUUAUGGCAGACGGAGGCAAUGUUGCGUUGCAUGAGAUUGAUGGGAACAUGGUAAGGUUAAAGCUGCAAGGAGCAUGUGGGUCGUGCCCAGCUUCAGUAACAACGAUGAAGAUGGGUAUUGAGCGGCGCUUGAUGGAGAAAAUACCGGAGAUUGUUGCGGUUGAGCCCAUCGCGGAUGAGGAGACUGGCCUUGAGUUGAACCAAGAGAACAUUGAAAAGGUACUUGACGAGAUUAGGCCAUACCUUGCUGGCACAGGAGGUGGCGAGCUUGAGUUUGUCACAAUCGAGGAGCCUAUUGUCAAGGUUAGGCUUACAGGCCCAGCUGCUGGUGUGAUGACUGUCCGAGUAGCGUUGACUCAGAAGCUCCGUGAGAAGAUCCCUAAAAUUGCAGCUGUCCAGCUAUUGCCAUAAGAUUAGAAUCUUUUAGAAGUCAGGCACCAGUCACAGUUGACAAUGUAGAUGUACUACUGCAAUAAGUCUUAAGGAGUUGUAAUGUGUAGCCUACUGGGCAUUUAGCUCCUCUACAGCGAUAUUAUGAAUAUUAUGAUAAUCGAUACACAAUGUUCAAGUGACUAAAGGUGUUUGUUGGAUUUGUAACCGGAGUUUUGGUUUCUGUUUGUAUGAUCUGUACUCUUGCUAUAAACACGAGGGAAGAAACUAAAUCAUACACAUAUGUUCAGCUUUCAGAAAGAGUAGUUUCUCCUGGAGUUA